UGCAACCAUUUUUAAAUCAAUUAAAUCAAUAAAAUUUUAAUUCGUAAGCAAAUGUAAUGUGUAUUUAAAAUUAGUUGGAAAUAAACAGUUUAUGAUAAUAGAAAUGGAUAUCAAAGUACAAAAAUUUGAACAACAGAGACAAAUUAUGGAGCAGAAGAUAAAGCAAAAACGCUGUACAAGUGGUAUGAUCCAAGCCUGUGACACGAGAGUAAAUUCUGAAAACAAGAAUAAUAGUGGAAGUAGAAGAGAAAUCCAUGGUUAUGAUGGACCACUUCAAUACAUUAUGGAAAAAGAUCGGAAUCCUGAUCAAGUGACAUCGGUGAUUCCUAUCUUGAACAACGUAGAUGGUACCAAAAUUGAACAGCUGACAAAUAAUGGUAAUGACUUAAUGGAUUUAGAAGAUGAUGAAUCUUCUCCAGUAAUUUCUGCACAAAAUGAUGAUACAAACAUGUCGAUUAAACCCACUAACGAAAAACAUGUCCUAAAUUCUGAAGGAAAUGAGGUACCAGAAGAAGGUGACAUAGAAGGAAAUGUAGAAAUGUUUGUUUUACAACCAGCUCACUUGAAAGUGUUAUACAAAUGCAGAAUAACCAGAGAUAGGAAAGGAAUGGAUAGAGGACUAUACCCCACUUAUUUUCUUCACCUGGAAAAAGAUUAUGGUAAAAAAGUAUUCUUAUUAGCAGCUCGAAAAAGAAAAAAAAGUGCCACAAGCAACUAUUUGAUAUCAACAGAUCCCACAGAUUUGUCGAGAAGUGCAGACUCCUUUGUGGGUAAACUAAGGUCAAACCUUCUUGGAACCCACUUUACGGUGUAUGAUAAUGGAGUGUCUCAUCGGAAAGCAGCGGAAAGCUCUAACCCCCGACAAGAAUUAGCUUCAAUUAUUUAUGAUACUAAUGUACUAGGCUUCAAAGGACCUCGUAAAAUGACUGUAAUUAUUCCUGGCAUGUUAGAUAAUCACAGGGUAUCAAUUUAUCCUCAGGAUGAGAGUGAAAGCCUAAUAGAAUCAUGGAAAGCAAAAAAUAUGAGUAACCUCAUAGAACUUCAUAAUAAAACACCAGUUUGGAAUGACGAUACUCAAUCAUAUGUCCUCAAUUUUCAUGGUAGGGUGACACAAGCCUCUGUAAAAAAUUUUCAAAUUGUUCACGAUAGUGAUAUAGAUUACGUUGUUAUGCAGUUUGGACGAAUAGCGGAGGAUGUUUUUACAAUGGAUUUCAGAUAUCCAUUAUGUGCUUUACAAGCAUUUGCUAUCGCAUUAAGUAGUUUCGAUAGUAAGUUGGCCUGUGAAUAAUCACGGAAUUUUUUAAUGUGCCUCUAAUAUAUUUUUAAAAUUUUUAUGUAAAUUAAUUAAAAGUAUAAAUUUUGUAUUUGUACCACAUAAACUGAUAGUAAUUUUAGUGUGAAAAUUCUAGCAAUACUGUGAUAUGGGAUUACCUUAUAUUAUUAAUGUACCCAUGUAUGUGCAUAAAUUUGUGAAUAAUA